AAACAAGUCCUAAAAUUGUAAUAACUAUUAUUUUUAGUCUAAAAGUUCACUUUCUCGCAAAUUUUUAUAUCAGUAACUAUCAUAAUAUGACUGGUGAAUCAGAAAGGAGUCAUUGUUUUAAAAUCGAAAAUAAAUUUAUUGUUAAAAGUGGUUGUAAGAAGCGUAUGUGGAGAUCGCUUAAACAAAUAUUAACUACUGAAAGAACAUUACCAUGGCCUAAUGACGCUGUUCUAUAUUUUUCAAUCAAUGCACCACCUUCAUUUAAGCCAACUAAGAAGUACUCAGAUAUCUCUGGUUUGCCAGCGCCUUAUAUAGACCGUCACUCGAAACUGUACUAUAGCAAUGCAGAAGAAUUUGCUACGGUAAGAAGUUUGCCAAUGGAUAUUACUGCCGGGUACCUACAACUGAGAGGAGCUAAUACAAUUGUCGGUUAAUGUUAUCUGAUGUAUAUACAUUUCGAAUUAAAAGCAUUAUUAAAUUCAA